AUGGAGUCCACUUCUAUCUUCCUCGUCUUCUUCCUCUGUUCCUUCUCGUUGCUAUCGGAAUGCCGAGGGGCACCAGCAACUCCUUCGGUCCAGGCAAAAGCCUUGAUCUUCAUGCAGAAGUUUGGAUACCUUGAAGGCUCGGAAGACGGCUCAGCAGCACAGCCUCUACUGGAUAACAUCACAGAUGAGAAGUUCAAAGAAGGCAUCAAGGAAGUGCAGAGGUUUUUAGGUUUUGAAAUAACUGGGGAACUGGACGAAAAGACAUUAGAGUUUAUGUCUGCAAAGAGAUGCGGAGUACCAGAUAUUGUGAAAGACUCGGUGGAAUAUUCACCUACGAACGAAGAAUUACCGUCUAAAUUCAAUGAUACUGAUGAAUACCACCACGAGCAACAUCAACAUCAACAUCAUCAUCACCAUCAUCACCCUCACCACCACAGCCGUAGAAAGAGGUACAUCCUUAUGAAUAGAGGGUGGAAAAAGAGGCACAUAACAUAUCAUCUGGCUAACUGGUCGGAAAAGCUAACUAGAGGAGAUGUUCUGGAAAUAAUAAAAAAAUCCCUCGCAAAUUGGGCAAAGUACGGGGACCUGCGCUUCACUGAAGUAUCAAGCCCCGAUGAAGCGGACAUCGUCUUCGGUUUCUACAGGAGACAACAUGGCGAUGGAUCUGCUUUCGACGGCCCAGGGAAUGUCCUAGCUCAUGCCUUCGCGCCAAGCAGUUACGAUUACGGUCAAAAGGGUCUGGAAGGUGACGUUCACUUUGAUGCAGAAGAACCCUGGGUUAUCGAUGCGGGAUCAGAGUAUAGAGGAGUGGACUUGAUGGCUACCGCCGUUCACGAACUCGGGCACUCCUUGGGAUUCGCUCAUUCUCCACACACGGACUCGGUCAUGUACCCUAACUACAUAAGAGGAAAACACGAACUAGGAUACGAUGACAUCUUGGCCAUGUACGAGCUCUACGUCAAAGCGAAAUUGAGAGAUGAUAGCGGAGGUGCUAAAUAUAUUCCACCCAAACCAACCCGACCGCCUCUCACAAGACGAACCACGAUAACCUCCUCAACAACAACCAGGUACGUGGAGACGACUACCGAAAAGAAGCAUCUGCAGGGGUCCAUCCAUGUACCUAAAACUCCCGAUGGAUGCAAGGGCGCCUUCGACACCGUAGCUUUCAUUAGGGGAGAGCUUUUCAUCACCAAGAACAAGAUGCUUUGGAGGCUGUCCGAGCCGGGGAAGAUACAGGAAGGCUACCCUGUCGAGUUCUGGAGGAUGUUCGCCCUCCCGAAGAACGUAAAGAGGAUCGACGCGAUGUACGAGAGGGAGAAGGACUCUGCUAUUGUCAUAUUCUCAGGAAGUCAGUUCUGGGUCUCCGAUGGUAACGUCUUGAGCAGCCCACGCCCACUUACCGACUAUGGCCUUCCGUGGAGAAUUACAAAGGUGGACGGAGUUACUGUCAGGGACGGAUCAACAUAUAUUUUCAGUGAGUUACAAUACUGGACAUACGACGAUGAAAAGAAGACAUUGGUGAACUCGUCCAGGCCACUAAGCGAUUGGGGUUUCCCGCCUAACAGUGACUUAAUUCUCGAUUCAGUCAUGACUUACAAGGACGGUAAUACUUACUUCUUCAAAGGGCAACACUAUUGGGAAUACAACGGAAGGCUCAUGCAUCCGAGAAAUAGGUGGAAGUCUGCAUCCCAGUUCUUGUUGUCCUGCUGAAUCUGUUGGAUGAUAAGCAGCGUUUCUGUGAUAAUAAUAUGAACAUUAAAAUAGGAUCAUAAUAAUUUUUAAGUGUUCUAAGGUUAAUGUUUUAGUCAAUUUAUCGCGAAUAUUAUGGUCAAAAUGGAGUUUGUUCGUGUUACAUGUAAAAUUAAACUUGUGCCAAAGUUUUUUUGGAUGACAAUUGAUGUUAAUAAUGUAUUAUAAUAUUCAUCAUUGUUGGUUGUGAGAUAAAAUGCACAUGGAUAUAUAAAUGUACAUUAGUAGUUUUAGGAUUAUUUCUAUCGGAUAGUUCGAUACACAAGCAAGUACUAAAAAAACUCUAUUCUUUCCAAGAAACGCCUGUGAAUGUGUUUCGGAUACUUAUGUUACGGAACACUCAUUUUAAAGAUCAAUUAAUAAUUUAAUUUAAAAAAAAAUCAAUUUAUCUCUUCUUUUACUAUGCCACAUCUUAAAAAACGGCGAUUUAUCUAACUAUCUGGAUAUAAGAAAAGUCGUUUUUCCAUUAUGAAAUAUUUUUUAAAAUUUAUUCAUGAAACUGAUAAAAAUGCCAGGUAUUAACUGAAAAGAUCAAAAGCCUAAUAAAUAAAAAGUUCAAUUGGUGGCUUAAUCCACACAUAUAUUAUUAUAAUAAGGCUCGAAAUCGGUUUUGUACCAAAUAUAAGCUUCUGUCAGGCUCAAAUACCAUGAAUGGGGUACCGCUGGAUUCAGAAUUUCACGGGGGGUUAGUGAACCGUAUUCUCCACUUUUAUUUUUCUUUCUAAAAUAAAUAAAGUCGAUACAAAUAUUUUGCUAGGCUUCAAUACAGGUAGGUCUGUAGA